UCCAAACAAACAAAAAAGCGGUGUAGACGACUUGUAGAUAUGAAUGACGUCACGUUUCGUCCAAAAUAGACGUUUAAAUGAGCAAAAUGAUGUCAAGAUACGCAGAUGGACACUCGCUGGAAUACAAAUCUUAUUCACCGUCCACCAGUCCGAGGGGCAGGCGUUAUAUAUUGCAGAACCUCAAUUACAAGAAAAAGAAGCAAAUCAAUCUGGACAAAUCACGUGACAAAGAGUACUUUGACAUUCGCAAAGCUCCGCCCUCGACUGGAUCUGUUGCAAGUAAUAACAGUACCUCUAAACCAGUCGGUACUUCCAAUAAAGUGAUGCCAACUGAUUCACCGCGGAAAACCCCUCGCGAACCCCCGGUAUACGUGUCACCGCGGAAGGAUAUUAAGGCGGUAAAGACGCCGAGAAAGGAGUCCCCAGAAAAGAAUAAUACUCCAAUGAAAAACGACAAGAAUGAAUCUGGAAAACAAACUAAAAACGAAUUAGGUCUCACACCUCGAGAUGAAUAUAUGGUUACUAAACUUUAUGAUCGAGAAAUUAUUUAUUUAAAACCAUCAGAAGUGCGUUACACUCACGACCAAAUAACGGCGCAUUUCCAAGAUGGCCGCUCUAUGAUUUCGACGUUUAUUGCAUUGUUAUACGGUCGGGCUGAGAUACGACUAGGGGGCAACGAUGUACCGCCAAUCGAGGUCAUGCAAACCGAUGAGCUGGAUGGCGGGAAAUCUGAGAAAAUAUGGUAUGUCGUCAAUGGUAACCGCCGACUCUAUGUAUUCAAACGCUUGGAAAAAUGCGGAGCUUUGACCACCAUGCAGGUAGUGGCUAGGAAAUACGAUUCAAUCGAAAUGGACAAACACUUUUUGACUAGAAAUAAAGGUAGGACAGUUUCAAUUACGAAUGACGCAGCUAUAGGGGCAAAAUUUGUAAAAGAGGUUUCUAAGUGGAAAGAGUGGAAAGCAAAACAGCCCGCCCAGAAGCCUGGUGUAAAGGGAAAGUCCGACAAAGGACAAAGUAACCCGUCCAAGAAACAGCCGGGAUUGCCUUCUCAAACAAAUAAAUCGAAUUGUUGCACCAUAAGUUAAUGAAAAGAAGCAGAGCAAUAAGUCAUCACUUGCACAAGGUAGAUAACUCAUAAAUAAAAGACAUGAAGGAUUUAACGCUGUUGUGACCCUUAUGUUCGUUAUUUAGUCUCCAACAGAAAAUACAUGUAUAUUAUAUCAAUUGAACUAAACAAUUACUUAAAAAAGUUAUACAUAAAUUGCUGAAAUGAACAAUUACUAU